AUGGCCACCUCAUCCCAGCUCUCUCAGUUUGUUGGUGAACCGCUAUCUGAUCUCACUCAGUACCGGAGCAUUGUAGGUGCUCUUCAAUACGUCACUCUGACAAGACCUGAUGUUGCCUUCGUAGUGAACAAAGUUUAUCAGUUUUUACAAGUUCCCACUGAUGAACAUUGGGGUGUAGUAAAGAGGAUUCAAAGGUAUCUCAAAGGAACCAUUGACUCCGGUUUGUUUUUCUCGACACAAUCGUCAGACACGUUGACAACAUACUCCGAUGCUGAUUGGGCUGGUUGCCCCGAUAAUAGACAUUCUACUGGCGGAUAUGGCAUUUUUCUUGGUUCUCAUUUGAUUUCGUGGAGCGCUAAGAAGCAACCUACAAUAGCUCGAUCUAGCAUGAAGGCUGAAUUCCGAGCUCUAGCUUAUGCCACCAUCGAACUUUUGUGGUUAAAUUCUCUUCUCUCCGAUUUGGGGGUCAAACUUAAGUCUCCACCGGUUCUCUAUUGUGAUAGUAUUGGGGCCAGGUAUCUUGCAGCUCAUCCCAUUUUCUGGGCCUGUACUAAACAUAUUGAGGUUGAUUUUCAUUUCCUUCGGGAUCUCAUCGUUAAGAAAUGUCUGAUUGUGCGAUUCCUUCCCACACAGGAUCAACUUGCUGAUAUUUUCACUAAGCCACUUUUGUCUUAA